AUGGCGGGCUAUGCCAACAAUCUGGACGUGAAUCUGGAUGUACCAUUGACGGGACCAGUCGAUCCAGGUUUGAACUUCAGCCAGCCGCCGAUCAUCAGGAGCUCCCGUCCAGAAGGGAUCUCAACACUUCGGGAGUGGGGCGACAUGAAGUUUCCGGAGGGCAAGUGGAAGAAUGCCACCUUUGCCGACGUCUUUCGCCAGGACCAGAAGUACGUGCACUUCAUGGCCAACCACACCAAGCUGGUGUCCCCAUGGGCACUGAGCUUCAAGAGCUAUGUCAGUGCCAGGCUGAAAGCUCAGAUCGAGCACGAAGAGCUGAAAAAGAAGAUGGUGGUGGAGAUGGAGAAGAAGGUGCGCGAGGUGCUGAUGACCGGCUCGUGGGGAACGUCCCUUCCAAGCAAUGUGGACUGGGAGGUGAUCUCACAGACGGUGCAGUCUGGUGGAGCCAGUCCACCGAUCCAGCGAACCAAAAGGUCCAUGGAGGACGAGAUCGAUGGCAACCAGAUGAAGCCAGAAUAUGCCCCGGAGAACAAGAUCGACAAGAUCACCCGAAUGGCUCUUCUUCAGCGAGAACUGGAUCGUCUGAGGGAGGAAGUUGAGAAACCAUCCUGGGGUCUGGAUCUCUUGGAAAUCUACUGUGAACCAGAUUCACAGUUGACCGAACAAGCUCGAAGACUUGGUUUAAGAGCCGAGAGAUUCACAAUCCACGAUGGUGAUCUAUCAACAACUGCGGGUCGGGAAGCUUUGUGGAAGAAGAUCAUGGAGAAGUGUCCCCGUGAAAUUUGGAUGGCACCAGAAUGCAAGUACUGGGGCAAUUUCAGCAGGAGAAAUAUGGGUCGCAGCAUCAGCACAGGAUCUGAAGCAAUUGAACAACCAGAGUUACGAGAUGUCAAAGCUUCCAUACCGCUCAGACUUACGGUUAUCAAAGACCGUACUUCCGGCAAGGCAGAAGUGUUAGGCCAGGGAGUGGCAUCUGAUGUCUUUAGAGCUGGACUUGAACUUCGAGCAUCAGCCCGUCGGGCAUUCAUUGAUGCAGACAAUUCUUCAAGUCUGCGCAGAGCGCUGUUGCGUCGGACUCUCCAAACGCAGAGAUCGGUGGCCAUGGAAGAGAACUCUCCAGGUGACAAAGUCUUCCUCGAAUCCUUGGAGAGAAUCCGACAAAAAUUCAACUUUGGCAGUUUCGAAAAGGGGUGCUUUACCUUUACGGGGAUUAGGUACAAACAAUGGGAUGAUAAGAGCAUUGAGUAUGAUCAGAUUGACUACAUCGAGAAGAUAGCCCCCAUUGAGAUUCCCAAGGGUAGAAGGAACCAGCCUCUAAGUAGACUUACUGAACAUGAGACAACCCAGUUAAGAAGUCUGGUAGGCGCCCUUCAAUAUGCUGCUGUACAUACAAGACCGGAUUUAUGUGCAAAAGUUGGAGAGAUCCAGUCAUGUGUUCCUCGAGCCACUGUGGGUGACAUGGUCAGUGCAAACAAAGUUUUGUAUGAAGCCAAGAACAACAAAGUCUCGUUGAUGACCGUUCCAAUUGCACCGGACCAGCUCACAUACUGUGCCUUUUCAGAUGCCUCGUUUCUUUCAGGAAAGGAAAAGUUUGCCCACCAGGGAGGCCUGAUUUUUGCAACGACUCCGGAGCUUUUGGAAAAUAAGAAAUCUGUGAUGGCCCCGGUGGCGUGGAUUAGCAAAAAGAUCCAUCGGGUCACUCGGAGCACCCUUGGUGCAGAAGCAAUUGCACUUAGUGGUACAGUAGAUAGGAGGGCUGCAUUGGUCACGGAUUGCAAGAGCGCAUACGACCUCCUUACCCGUACAGCCAUUCCCCAAUGCGAAGAACAUCGAACCACCAUAGAAUGCCUCUUAAUUCGAGAACGGCUUAAAGCCAACUGUGCCAUUCGAUGGGUGACGUCCCAUGCUCAAUUGGCCGAUUGCUUGACCAAAAGUAUGGACUCAUCAGUGUUGCGGGAAUGCCUCAAGAGUGGUAGAUAUUCGUUGUUUGAUGAGAACAGGGUUCUUCAGGAGCGUUCAGACAAAAAGCAAAGAGCCAAGUGGGCUAAAGAGGCCACCUCAGUGCCGGUAGGACAUGCCCAGGACCCAUUUCAUAUCAUGCUGCUGCAUGUCCAUCAAGGGGUGGGCAGUGGCGUGGACUUGUGA